AUGUCUGUCACUGCAACCAACACUGUGGCUCCUUUGACGGUAGUUGCAACUUCUGAAGGUCUGAAAAUCGACGGAACUGACCCAAAGUACGGCGACUGGAGGGACGACUUGGUUCGAGAUGGAUACGCCGUGAUCAAGGGCGCAGUUCCAAAGGAGCGAGCAGGGAAGUACGCCGAUGCCAUGUUCAGUUGGUUGGAGGGAUUCGAUUUGGGCUUCAAUCGAAACGACUUGUCGACUGUGCACAGAGACAAUUUGCCUUGGAUCGAUCAGAAAGGAAUGUGCCUCCAGUAUGCGGUAACUCAUGAGGACUUCGCAUGGGCCAUUCGUGGCGAACCUGGCGUGGUAGCGGCCUUCGAGAAGGUCUACGACACGAAAGAUCUGAUAGUCUCCUUCGAUGCAAUCAACUUUGGGUUCCCGAACCGCACCGACAUCCCCAAGAACGUCCCUUGGCCACAUCAAGACCAAGACCCUUUGAAGCCCGGCUUCCGCUGCCUCCAAGGUUUAGUCAACCUUCUCCCCAAUGGUCCCGAUGACGGCGGCCUCAUCGUCUGCAAAGGCGCCCAUCUCGUGUCAGAGGAGUACCACCGAGUCUUUAAGGAUGAGCCUAGAAUCCCCGCCUGGACGAACGAAUGGUUCGGAUUCACUGACAACGGCAUGAAGUGGCUCGAGAUACAAGGAUACGAGUGGGAGAAAGUCUGCGCCGACCCUGGUGACUUGCUUGUCUGGGAUUCGCGGACACCGCAUUACAAUCUUAGCUCGAAGACGCAGCAGCCUCGGUUCGCAGCGUACACGUGCUAUAUGCCAGUGGCGCAUGCGACACAGGAGGAUUUGGAGAGGAAGAAGGAUGCUUUUGAGCGGUUUGUGGGCACCACACAUUGGCCAAAUGCGCGCCACGUUGGUUCAAAUGUUGCUAAAAGGGGCGAGGAGGAUGAUCCCCACAAUCGUUUGGAGCCAGUCAACAAGCCUGCUUUGGAUGAGCGAACGUUCAAGCUGACUGGUAUCCCGUACAUGGCAGAAUAG